AUGAAAUGUGGAUUCUUCGAUGUCUACCUUCAAUUCGACGACUAUCGAAAACAAAAACAUUCUAAAGUCGCCUCUUGGACCGAUGAGGACAUCAAUUUGAUUCGUGAUGCGGCAGAACAAUACUUCCACCGUCUUCAUGAUCUGAAGAGAGGAAACCAAGAAUUCGAUUUUAUUUGCAACUUCGAAGACAAAGAUCUCGAAUUAGGAGGCAUAUCUAAUAGUACACUGGCAUUUGUUCGGAUCCAUGGUGAAGACUUCGUUUCGAAGUUCUACAUCAAAUGUCACCAUUUUGGACCAAAAGGCACAAGCUCGGGCCAGCCUCCGGACAUCAACGAACUAUAUUGCUACAAGCUGUUGGAGCUGAUCGCCGUCGGACCAACGUGCCACAUUGUUCCACCCAUCAUCACUACUGGAACAAAAACAAGCGUGUACAUUGCUACAAAAUGGGACGACAAUUUUAAACUCAUGGAGCACGUUAUCCAAGAGAAUGGUCUUACCGCUGAUUUAGCCGUGCAGCUGGUUUUGCUGCGGGUGUUAUUAUUUAUUGCUGACCUUCAUCUACAAAACUGCGGGGUCUGGAAAGGGACCAAUAACAUUGCGAUUGUUGACUUCGCACCGGAAAAUGAGAUUACAGUUCAUGAUGACAUCAAAGCCCAACUGUUUACAACUUUUCCACACUCAAGAUGGAAAGAAGAGUUCAAAGCAGUGAAAAAUAAAUUGGACGACAACUCUUGGUUGAAGAUAGCCAAACAGAAUUUGGAUAAGUGGGAUUUGUCUCGUAAGAUCGAACUGGCUCAAGAACAACUCGAUCCCACAAAAGACGUUUUAAAAGGAAUAGAACUUGUCUUUAAGAAGCGGAAAUUAUGCUAUAGUCCCAACCUUCAACUGAAGGAAUACGUCGAUACAUUGAACAAGAAUUUAGAAAAUCUUCAAAUUGUUUUGAAUUCCACUGUUCACUAA